AUGGAUAUAAGAUUGACUAGGCCACUGACCCAAACAUCCAUUGGCGCACCUGGCUGGGCUGGGAGCCAUGGAUAUAAGAUUGACCAGGCCACUGACCCAAACAUCCAUGGGCGCACCUGGAGACCUUCUAAUGAGGAACAUGCAGACUACUUUAAGAGAACUACUAAUGAGGAACAUGCAGACUACUUUCAGAGACCUACUAAUGAGGAACAUGCAGACUACUUUCAGAGACCUACUAAUGAGGAACAUGCAGACUACUUUCAGAGACCUACUAAUGAGGAACAUGCAGACUACUUUCAGAGACCUACUAAUGAGGAACAUAGGCCUACUAAUGAGGAAUGUGCACACUACUUUCAGAGACCUUCUAAUGAGGAACAUGCAGACUACUUUAAGAGAACUACUAAUGAGGAACAUGCACACUACUUUCAGAGGCCUACUAAUGAGGAACAUGCACACUACUUUCAGAGACCUACUAAUGAGGAACAUGCACACUACUUUCAGAGGCCUACUAAUGAGGAACAUGCACACUACUUUCAGAGGCCUACUAAUGAGGAACAUGCACACUACUUUCAGAGGCCUACUAAUGAGGAACAUGCACACUACUUUCAGAGGCCUACUAAUGAGGAACAUGCACACUACUUUCAGAGGCCUACUAAUGAGGAACAUGCACACUACUUUCAGAGACCUACUAAUGAGGAACAUGCAGACUACUUUCAGAGACCUACUAAUGAGGAACAUGCACACUACUUUCAGAGACCUACUAAUGAGGAACAUGCACACUACUUUCAGAGACCUACUAAUGAGGAACAUGCACACUACUUUCAGAGACCUACUAAUGAGGAACAUGCACACUGCUUUCAGAGACCUACUAAUGAGGAACAUGCACACUACUUUCAGAGACCUACUAAUGAGGAAGGUGCACACUACUUUCAGAGACUUACUAAUGAGGAACAUGCACACUACUUUCAGAGACCUACUAAUGAGGAACAUGCACACUACUUUCAGAGACCUACUAAUGAGGAACAUGCACACUGCUUUCAGAGACCUACUAAUGAGGAAGGUGCACACUACUUUCAGAGACUUACUAAUGAGGAACAUGCACACUACUUUCAGAGGCCUACUAAUGAGGAACAUGCACACUACUUUCAGAGGCCUACAAAUGAGGAACAUGCAGACUACUUUCAGAGGCCUACUAAUGAGGAACAUGCAUACUACUUUCAGAGACCUACUAAUGAGGAAUGUGCACACUACUUUCAGAGACCUACUAAUGAAGAACAUGCACACUACUUUUAG